CAGUCACUUAAUGUACCAUUUGGCUUAAAGCUAGGGCAAAGAGGCUGUUCAGCUUUCAUCACAUCGUGCCGCAGACGAGGUAAGAUUGUUUUACUCACACAUUCAAUGACUUUGUUUGUUUUAAACCAGAUUGUUCUUUCGUGCAAACACAUUUUAUAAUCAUGAGGCACCACCGGGCUUGAAUAUUAAUUUGCAUUGUAAUUACUUAAUUUGGACAUAAGAUUGAAACGUUAAUCUGUAAAAAAUGGAACUGUAAAAAUGAUAAAGUAAUAGAUCUAUAGGUAUAAAAUGUAUGGUAUACUAAAGAGUUUUCUUUUAUGACAGAGCCAAUUCCGACACUGUACGGCGAGAACAAAGAGCAGUGCUUUUCAGGUGGCACUGUGUUUCAAUAGUUGUAGCUUGUAACGAUCGGGUAUCGAAAUUUUCUUGAUUUUAAUCCUUUAUAAGUUUUUUAUAAGGAUUCGGAAUGUACAUCUACAAAAACACCGGCCAGUUUUUAUAUUUACAAACGAAUUCUUGCUAGGAUGGGCGAGGGCAAUAGGAUCGAAGCUUGUUUAGGCAAUAGAUUUAUCAUGAGUGUAUUCGCGAUCUUUCAGACUUUAUAACAUUUGCUCCAUCUCGCUACAUUUUUUACGGCAAAUUUUCCUAGAGUUUUAUUGUUAGAGACGGCAUCCAAGUCUAAAGAAGGAAAGGAAAAUUUGUCUUCGUUUGCUCACUUCCUCUAUAUAGAAAGUCGCAUUUGAGUGUUUCACGUCGUAAUUGAGCUGGGACAGCAAAAAAAAUGUACCAAAAAAUGUGAUAUGAGGGCCAAUUUUUUUGCUCAUUAAACCUACUGCGUUUUUGGCGUUGUCGUUAUAUCUCUUUGAAGCCACUCUAGUCCAGGCAUUUUAUCUCCAAAAAUGGGUCAACCUGUUACAAAUCUGACAAAUUGCAACAGAGGGUUUUUAAACGGUUUUCGGUUCAGGAUCAUGUCUUCUACGACAUGUCAAGUCUGCAAAAAUUUGAGUUAAUUUAUAGUGCAGAAUGUAAACGACGUUGCACGCAGUGUUUGUCUUGUCGCGCGAGUUUUAUGCGACGUACACAUGGGCUGGCAAUGAAAGUGAGAAUUCCUUGGCUUAUAUACUGUGCCAGGUUCUAAUUGCAUACCAGGUACAUAAAAUAAUCAAUCCGUAUACGAUUCUCAGUUUUGUUGAAGCCUGCAGAAAACGUACACUCUUUACAGAUCGGAGUUGUGGUUCAGUUGCUCCACAAUUUCUUCUCGCCCUUCCUCCGGCAUUGGCACCUUGCAUCACUUCACGGAUUUUGUUCAUCAGGAAGUACAAUGUACAAUCAGAAUGCUGCUCUUAGGCAGGGAACUUUUGUAUCUACUUUUCAUGGCGAGUUUGUCCAGUACGCAGUCAACAAAGUUGGUUUCAACGUUAGGACUCUCGACUGGGUUGACACCUGCUUCUCCGACGUGGGCACGAUUGCAGUCGUCACACCUGGCAUCAAAGAG